AACUUUCUACAGAACUAACAGAGCUGUCUGCAUGUUCUUCACUCAGAUUUCACUCGCACCAACAUCUAUUUCUUUUGGAUGCCUCAGCAACAAAUAACUGAGGAAGCUGUGUUGAUCCGGAUGCCAAGGUGUGAAGGAAACAAGGAGACAAGGAUAUAAGGAAGGAGACAGACAUUCCAUCACAGCCCCCGUGGAGCUGCAGCCUGGGACGAGCCUACCGGCCGUGAUUUCUAAUCUUGGAGGAAAGGCAGACCAGAGAGGAGGACGCAGGUAUGCAAGGAAUGAGUCCGCUGAGAGGCUUCCCCUGGCUUUUGAUCUUCCUCUAUGCAGCAGCUGUGUGUGCAGGUGUGGGUGGUGCAAAGGUCGACAAUGUGUCGUCAGAAAUCUGUCGUCAUCCAUGUGAGGAGCUGGUGGGCUUGCUCACUGAGAUCCAAGGCCUGCGGAUUGUGACCAGCAACCUGCUUGAAGACCUGGAGAGAGUAUCAAGAGAAAAUGAAGAGAUGCGCAUAUCUUUGGCUGAGCUAAGCAACAGCAAUAGCAACACCGGCAGCAGCAGCAGCGGUGGCCGUGGCAAUCGCCGUGGCCAUGGCAAUGGAAAUGGCAAAGGCAGAGGCAAAGGCAAUGGCCGGGGCCAUGACAAUGGAAAUGGCAAAGGCAAUGGCAAUGGCAAUGGCAAUGGCCACGGCAAUGGAAAUGGCCACGGCAAUGGCCAUGGCCAUGGCAAUGGAACUGGCCACGGCAAUGGCAAUGGCCACGGCAAUGGAAAUGGCCACGGCAAUGGCCACGGCAAUGGCCACGGCAAUGGCAAUGGCAAUGGCAAUGGCAAUGGCCGUGGCCAUGACAAUGGAGAUGGCAAAGGCAAUGGCCAUGGCCAUGGCAAUGGAACUGGCCACGGCAAUGGCAAUGGCCACGGCAAUGGCAAUGGCAAUGGCAAUGGCAACAGCAACGGCAAUGGCAACGGCAAUGGCAACAGCAAUGGCCACGGCAAUGGCCACGGCAAUGGAAAUGGCCAUGGCAAUGGCAACGGCAAUGGCCACGGCAAUGGCAAUGGCAAUGGCAAUGGCAAUGGAAAUGGCCAUGGCAAUGGCAAUGGCCAUAACAAUGGAAAUGGAAAUGGCCAUGGCAAUGGCAAUGGCCAUAACAAUGGAAAUGGAAAUGGAAAUGGCCAUGGCAAUGGAAAUGGAAAUGGAAAUGGCCAUGGCAAUGGCAAUGGCCACAACAAUGGAAAUGGAAAUGACCAUGGCUAUGGUGAAGACUAUGGAGACGGUGACUAUGGAGACGGUGAUGGCUUUGGCGGAGAUGUCAACGAUCUUGACAGAGACAGAGACGGGGAGAUCUGGUGUGUGCAGGAUGGACGAGUGUAUGAGCAGGGGGAGGAUUGGGAGGUUGACAGCUGCACCUCCUGUACUUGCCAGGAUGGAAAGGUGGUGUGUCAACAGGUGUCUUGCCCUCCUGUAUCCUGCAUCAAUCCAUCCUUUAUUGAUGGAAAGUGCUGUCCUGUCUGUCUCAAUAAUGGAGAUGGCUGGUCCCCAUGGUCUGAGUGGACCGACUGUUCGGUCACCUGUGGACGUGGAGGGCAGCAAAGGGGCCGAUCCUGCAAUGGCAUCACGCCGUCCUGUGCUGGGCCGUCAGUCCAAACCCGCAGCUGCAUGCCGAUGAAAUGUGGCCGCAAGGUACGUGCUGAUGGGAACUGGGGCCUUUGGUCUCCUUGGUCUGCAUGUACGACCACAUGUGGUGAAGGCAACAUCACAAGGGUACGUCUCUGCAACAACCCCCCACCACAGAAGGGGGGCAAAGGCUGCACGGGCAGCGACAGGGAGACGCAACCAUGCAACAAUACACUCUGCCCCAUUGCUGGAGGCUGGACAAGCUGGACUGAGUGGUCACUCUGCUCAGAGACGUGUGGGGGAGGUCUUACAAUUCGCCAACGGGAGUGUUUGAACCCUGCUCCUCAACAUGGUGGGAAGCCUUGUGUUGGAGAUGCUGUGGACUAUGAAGCAUGCAACAAACAACCAUGUCCUAUAGAUAUAUGUUUGCUGUCAAAUCCAUGUUUUCCUGGAGUGGAGUGCACAUUACAUAGCGAUGGAUCAUGGGAAUGUGGACGCUGUCCAUUGGGUUUAAGUGGCAAUGGCACUCACUGUGAGGAUGAGAAUGAGUGUGAAGUGGAGGGUGUGUGUGUCACAGAAUGUGUAAACACAGACCCUGGUUACUACUGUCUGCCCUGUCCUCCUCGCUAUAAAGGCACUCAGCCAUAUGGCCUUGGACUGCAGCAAGCCCAGAGAAUCAAGCAGGUGUGUGAACCAUACAAUCCUUGCAAAGACAACACACACACCUGCCACAAGUAUGCUGAGUGUGUGUACCUGGGCCUGGCGUCUGAGGUUUUGUACAAGUGUGUGUGUGCUGUCGGGUUUGCGGGCGAUGGCUUCCUGUGUGGUGAAGACGCUGAUCUGGAUGGUUGGCCCAACAACAAAUUAACCUGCAAGCAGAAUGCAACCUAUCACUGUCAGAAGGACAAUUGCCCCAGGAUACCCAACUCUGGACAGGAAGACCUGGACAAGGACGGACAGGGAGACGCCUGUGAUCCUGAUGAUGACAAUGAUGACAUCCUAGAUGAGAGGGACAACUGCCCGCUGGUGUACAACCCUCGGCAGUUUGACUCUGACAGAGAUGGGGUUGGGGACCGCUGUGAUAACUGUCCAUUUGAUAGCAACCCGCUGCAGACAGACACUGAUGACAAUGGAGAGGGAGACGCCUGCAGCAUUGACAUGGAUGGAGAUGAGGCUCUGAAUGACCGUGACAACUGUCCCUUAGUUUACAACACUGACCAGAGGGACACAGACAUGGAUGGAGUUGGAGACCAGUGUGACAACUGUCCCCUUCUACACAACCCACUACAGCUUGACUCUGACAGUGACCUGGUGGGGGACAUGUGCGACAACAACGAGGACAUUGAUGAGGACGGCCACCAAAACUCUUUAGACAACUGUCCUUACAUUGCCAAUAGCAACCAGGCUGACCAUGACAAGGACGGGAAGGGAGACGCCUGCGACCAUGAUGAUGACAACGACGGUAUCCCUGAUGACCGGGACAACUGCAGACUGGUUCCCAACAGGGACCAGCUGGACUCUGAUGGUGAUGGUAGCGGAGAUGCAUGCUUUGACGACUUUGACAAUGACAGUAUUCCAGAUGCGCUGGAUCCCUGUCCAAUGAACCAGGAUAUCGGGUCAACAGACUUCAGGAAGUUUCAGGUUGUUUUGUUGGACCCUAAAGGCACCACGCAGUCUGACCCUCUCUGGGUGAUCCGCAGCCAAGGAACCGAACUGCUGCAGACAGCGAACUCGGACCCUGGCAUCGCUUUAGGAUAUGACAAGUUCAGCUCCCUAGACUUUAGUGUGACAUUUUAUGUGAAUACCAACCGAGAUGACGACUACGCAGGCAUCGUGUUUGCCUACCAAUCCAGUCGACGCUUCUAUGUCGUCAUGUGGAAACAGGUUUCUCAGGCCUACUGGGAGAAAAAGCCGUCCAAAGCUUUUGGCACAGCGGGAGUCUCAAUCAAACUGGUCAACUCGACUACAGGACCAGGAGAAUAUCUGCGCAAUGCUCUGUGGCACACUGGAAACACCAGACACCAGGUCAGAACAUUGUGGCAUGACCCCAAUAAAAUUGGCUGGAAGGACUUCACAGCCUACCGCAUGCACCUUAUCCACAGACCCAAGACUGGGUUCAUCAGGGUGGUGGUGUAUGAGGGCAGGGAGAUUUUAUCUGACUCGGGGGCAGUGUACGACCACACCCUGGCUGGAGGCAGACUGGGACUGUUUGUCUUCUCUCAGGAACACGUCCUCUUCUCAGACCUCAGAUAUGAGUGCAGAGAUAACUGAACAACCCACCAGAGAUCCACAUAAUUUCAGAAAAUCUGAAUACAACUGAGAGAGAGAGAGAGGAUGCACCACACCCAGAACCUUUAUCCUGCCAAGACUAUCAAUUAGUGACCAUCAUCUAUCUAUCAGCUUUUAUAUGCGACAGUAUUGAUUUCCGGCUGUCUCAUUCGCUGUAUAUUACCGUAAGAAUCAGACAGCAUUUCUAGUGACAGUAUACCCUCUUGUUGCUUUUCAUUUGCUUUUUGCUAAUGGUUGUAAAUAUUUAUUUAUUGCCAGAUGCCAGAGAGAUGGGAGAAUAAAUUGAUGAUGGAGUAAGUAGAGCACUGUGCAGAUGUCUGCUGGGAACUUAACAAUAAAAUAUUUGGAUUUUUUUCAA